UCAGCGCCGGCGGCUCCGCGCGGCCGGCCCCGAGCGCGUCCCUUAUCGCAGACAGGCACCGGGGGCCGGGGAUCGCAUCAUUAUCAUGGGCACUGUUUGCUUUUCGCGGCGCUGCUGUUUGCUUUUCGCUCUCGCCUGGGCCGGCAGGUUGGCGGGAGGCAGCGGGGGCGCAGAUGUUGACGAGUGCGCAGAAGCUACGGAUGACUGCCACAUUGAUGCAAUUUGCCAAAACACGCCAAAAUCCUACAAAUGCAUCUGCAAGCCAGGUUAUAAAGGCGAAGGGAAACAAUGCGAAGAUAUCGAUGAGUGUGAAAAUGACUUCUACAACGGAGGUUGUGUCCAUGAGUGUAUCAACAUUCCUGGCAACUACAGGUGUACAUGCUAUGAUGGGUUCAUGUUAGCCCAUGAUGGCCACAACUGUCUUGAUGUGGAUGAGUGUCAGGAUAACAAUGGAGGGUGCCAGCAGAUUUGUGUAAAUACUAUGGGCAGCUAUGAAUGUCAGUGCAAAGAGGGCUUUUUUCUGAGUGAUAACCAGCACACCUGCAUUCAUCGCUCCAUUGAGGGUAUGAACUGUAUGAACAAAGAUCAUGGGUGUGCACACAUCUGCCGGGAGACGCCCAAAGGUGGGGUUGCCUGUGAAUGUAGGCCUGGCUUUGAACUUGCCAAAAACCAGAAGGACUGCAAAUUAACCUGUAACUAUGGGAAUGGAGGCUGCCAACACACCUGUGAUGACACAGAUACUGGUCCUGUGUGUGGUUGUCAUCAGAAGUAUGCCCUACAUUCAGAUGGCCGAACCUGCAUUGAGAAGGAUGAGGCUGCAAUUGAGAGUUCUGAGUACAAUGCCACGUCAGUAGCUGAUGUGGACAAGCGGGUGAAACGGCGGCUACUUAUGGAAACAUGUGCUGUCAAUAAUGGAGGCUGUGAUCGGACUUGCAAGGAUACCGCGACAGGGGUACGAUGCAGUUGCCCAGUUGGAUUUACCCUGCAGCCUGAUGGGAAAACGUGCAAAGACAUUGAUGAGUGCUUGGUAAACAAUGGUGGCUGCGACCAUUUCUGCAGAAACACGGUUGGCAGCUUUGAGUGCAGCUGCCAGAAAGGCUAUAAACUGCUCACAGAUGAACGGACCUGCCAAGAUAUAGAUGAGUGUUCCUUCGAAAGGACCUGUGAUCACACCUGCAUCAACUACCCUGGAAGCUUUGAAUGUCUCUGCCAUAAAGGCUACACCUUGUACGGACUGACGCACUGUGGAGAUAUCGAUGAAUGCAGCAUCAGCAAUGGUAGCUGUGACUAUGGGUGUCUUAAUACAAUGGGGAGCUAUGAGUGUGUCUGUCCACCUGGAAAGAAACUGCACUGGAAUAAAAAGGACUGCGUUGAGAUGGUGAAAUGUCUCCCGAAUGCCAAACCAGCUCCCAAGGCUCAGCUAGUGUGUAGUAAGACAGGAGGCAUAGAGAGCUGCUUCCUGUCAUGCCCAUCCAAUACUCUUUUUGUUCCAGAUUCAGAGAACAGCUACACACUGAGUUGUGGUGUUCCCAUCCAGCAAGGCAAGGCUCAGCAGAAACGCAACGCGACCCUGCCCAGCUGCGCAGAUUCAUUAGCGCCUCCAAUCAAGCAGAAAGCUCGUUUUAAAAUUAAAGACGCAAAGUGCCAUUUACGGCCUCGCAGCAAAGAAAAAACGAAAGAUUCUGGGAAGCAAGCUGGUAUAGGAGGUCAAUUCCCUUGUACAGACAACUGCCAGGUGACCUUUGUGAAUCUCAAGUGCGAUUCCUCCAAGAAAAAACGCCGAGGUCGCAAGUCACCAUCAAAAGAAGUAUCCCAUAUCACCGCAGAGUUUGAAGUGGAGAUGAAGUCGGAAGAAGUCUCAGACACCUGUAACAUUGACUGUGUUCGGAAAAGGAUGGAGCAGAAGCUGCAAACUGCAAUCAAAACAUUGAGGAAAUCUAUUAAUAAACAGCAAUUUUACAUUCAGUUUUCUGGGACAGAAUAUGAAGUGGCUCAGAAGCCAGCUAAAGCUACUGAAGGGCAUGAAGCUUGCAGUACAGGGCAAGUGCUGCAGGAUGGAAAAUGCGUUACCUGCAGCACGGGCACCUUUUAUAGCGGAGAACAUAAUCAGUGCGUUCCUUGCUCACCAGGAACAUACCAAGACACAGAAGGUCAACUUACCUGUGAGCCUUGCCCAAGUAACGAUGGACAGGGAGUAGCGGGCGCUCGGAAUGUGUCAGAAUGUGGAGGGCAGUGUUCUCCUGGGCACUAUUCUUCAGAUGGUUUUAAACCUUGUAGAGUCUGUCCUCUUGGUACAUACCAGCCUGAACCAGGAAGGACCCUCUGCUUUCCAUGUGGCGGUGGGCUUGUGACGAAGUAUGAAGGUGCUGUUUCCUUUCAAGACUGUGAAACCAAAGUUCAUUGUUCUCCUGGACACUACUACAAUUCCACAACACACAGAUGUAUCCGAUGCCCUAUGGGAACAUACCAGCCUGAGUUUGGUCAAAACUACUGCAUCACCUGCCCUGGGAACACAAGUACAGAUUUUGAUGGCUCCACUAAUGUUACGCACUGCAAAAACCAGCACUGUGGAGGAGAACUUGGGGAUUAUACUGGCUACAUUGAAUCGCCCAACUAUCCUGGAGACUACCCAGCUAAUGUUGAAUGUAUUUGGAAUAUAAAUCCACCCCCAAAGAGGAGAAUACUCAUCGUAGUACCCGAGAUAUUUCUCCCAAUUGAAGAUGAAUGCGGUGAUGUUUUAGUAAUGAGAAAAAGCGCUUCUCCUACUUCAAUUACUACAUAUGAAACAUGUCAGACCUACGAGAGACCUAUUGCGUUUACCUCAAGAUCGAGGAAGCUCUGGAUUCAGUUCAAGUCAAAUGAAGGAAACAGUGGCAAAGGAUUUCAGGUCCCCUAUGUGACUUACGAUGAGGACUACCAACAACUAAUAGAAGAUAUUGUUCGAGAUGGACGAUUAUAUGCAUCAGAAAAUCAUCAAGAAAUUCUAAAGGACAAGAAACUGAUUAAAGCUCUCUUUGAUGUACUGGCACACCCACAAAACUAUUUCAAGUACACAGCACAAGAGUCAAAAGAGAUGUUUCCAAGAUCAUUUAUAAAGCUACUGCGAUCAAAAGUUUCCAGAUUUCUACGACCAUACAAAUAGUCUAGUGGUAUUCAAUUUUUGAUUACUUUGUGUUCCUGUCAAAUAUUGUCUUUCCUCCAUGGUAGAAACAUUUGCUAAUUUGAAGGCUCUUUUUUGCAGUCUUUGUUUUCAAUUGUAUAUUGAAGAAUACCUAUAAUGUUUUAUAAUCAUUAAAAGCCAAUGUUCUGAAUGAAAUUUUUGCUACCAAAAAAAUUGUGCAUCCCCGAGUGCAUCUAGUUGAAGAUCCAAAUUUGUGUCUGCACUAGUGUAUCUUCACUAUCCAUUUGAAAUUACAUUAUGUAGAAAAUAUUCUUGCUAGCUUUUCAUUGUUCAUCAACAAUAACUUUCAUCAAAGCAAAGAAGGAAUCUAUUCAAGUCCAAUUAAACUACCUGCAGAUAUAUUCUGUUGUAGAAAGAAGUAUGUAGUAUAAAUAAUAUUUGGAUUUUGAAUUGCACUUGAAGUUUAUAUUUGAAUCUUUAGAAGUAAACAAAACGAUCUAAAUUUUGUUAUUGCUCAUUUGUGGCUUAGUGGAACCUCUGUCCAAGUAGAAAUCAAAAGGGAAAAAAAGAAAGAAAAAAAAAAAGCAGAUGUAUAAUUUUGUUUUAUGAAUUACAUAAGAUUAAGUCCCAUGCCCUAAUGUCCUAAUGUUUUUAUCUGUCCUUUUCUAAACUUCUUCGAGGUUUGCCACUGUCAGUUACUUCACUGAAACAGAUUUAGCUCUGGAUUUCCGUACACCAGUUGGUUCCUUUGAAGUCAUUUACAAUAGGAUAGGUGAGAAAUGAACAACAACAACAGUAGUAGUCUUGUUUUUCUUUCCGUUAAUAGAGCAUCUAAUUAAGUACAAUAUAUAAAUAUAUAAAUAUAUACUUCUAUUUGUGGGUACAUUAGUAAUGUUAUCUUUAGUUACUGUAAAUAUUAUUCAUGCUUAAAUCUUUACACCCACACACCCUAUUUACUCAUAUCUAUUUGUAACUUUGCUUAGAUGAUUAAAUGACUUCUCCAAGUGCUUGUCACUUCCGUUAACACCAAACUGAAGCCUUUUGGAGUUUUAUAAUACUGGAUAAUGGUUUCCUCUGGGACAAUCUAUUUCAACGUACAUUAUUCCAGGAAAAAUAACAUCCGUUAAGAUGCAACUGCUGUCCAGUAAAGGGCUAGCUAUUGCCUCUUCCUUGUGCACCCCUCACAUGCAGACGAACAGUGUUACCCCUGCGAACGACACGCAUGAGAGGAGCUCACCAAGGAGGAAUCUUUGUUGGACCUGCCAUCUCUAAAAUGCUGGGAACAUAACCUGUGUCACAGGCCCAGAUUCUAUGGGGAGUGAGGGGGUGAACAGGACACGGUUUUGCAGAUGAGUUGGAGGGCAGGCCCUGCAGUCUUCAGAGACCUGGCGCUCCCUUUUAUCACGAAUUUGCAAGGGCAGUGCCCAUCGGCCACGGGGACUGUAUGGUCUGCAAGAGAGCGUUAGCCUCGUGGCCAGGCCUUCCUCACAGAGUGACAGGUACUGGUGGGCUAAGAUAAUGAUAAAUUCUCUGUUUCCUGCUGUUUCCUGGCACAAGAGCUAAUUUCAAUGAGAGAGUAGCUUUUUUAUUAGUAUUCCAGCCUCUUUACUUUUAAGUCCCUUUCUCUUGUAUAUCAUUUUUCCCUUUUGAUCCUACAAGUUUAUUACAUGGAGAAAUUGACUAUCACGCCAGCUUCCUUUCAGAAAAAGACUAGCAUACAGUUUUGCUUCACUGCAUUUUUUUUUGCAUAUCUACACUGUAGUUUAACAUACCCUUGGAUGCUCUCAAAGACAUAUAUUAAGGGUGGUUAUGGUUAUCUUCUUACUUUUUUUUGUCUUUGAGCAGGUACUGUUUAAAUUUACAAAGUUGAUUUCUGUUGGCUACAAGUGGUUGAAUAUUCUAUUUCUAAGAAACACCUUAAGUAGUCUGUUGAGUUUUUCUAUUUAGCCGUCUUGUAAUUUUGCUUGUCUUCCUUCCUUUUCUGUUGAAGAAUAUAAUUUUUUUUCUUUCUAUGCCUGAACAGUUUCAACUUAGGGUCUAACAACUCCUUUUUUUUCACUCAUGGAUCAUAGGUCUUUGAUGAGCUUUCUCUUUAAUAUAUAUAUUUAUAUAUUAACCCUUAUUUCAAAAUGUAACAUCUCCAUAAAAGUACUUUUUUUAAAGACCGUUUAACUUUUCACAAGGAUGUGGAAACUACUUUUAUUAAAUACACAUUAUGGGUUACUAAAGGUGGACAUUUGAAGGAUGCCUUGGAACGGAACGAAAAAAAAAGUUACAUGUAUUUUUUUCCUUAACAGGAGUUAUUUGUAGAAAAAAAUUAAAUGUUAAAAAAGCAAAAAUCUUCUUAGGCACUCAGUCAUGUAUAAGUGUAUAGCUAAAAAACUACUUCAGCCAAACAGUAUUUCAAAGUCUGAUAGGUUAUCCAGAAUGAUUAGAAUGGGUCAGGAUUGCAGCCAAGCUACUGACAGAUAUGAAGGAAAAUAUAUGAAAGAUAUGGAGAAAAAUAACUUCCUCAUUUGCUGAACAAUUUACAGCAAUCUUCAGUAUUUCAAAUUUCAGUAAGUGAACUUUGGAACCUGAUGCUGUGCAGUGAGUUUAGUUUAAGUAAAAUCCUUGCUAAAAUUUUUGUUUAACAACCCACAUGUUUGGACAUAAUACCACUGUAUGACACUGGUGCCAAGCAGGACAAGCCCUGUAAGUAAUUGCCUUACGAGUCCAGAAACCACUGGCAGCACCAUAACAUGUUCUUAGCUACAUGGAGAAUCCAGUGCCAGACAGCAACUACGAGAGGGACGUGUCCCAGCUGUGGCCACUGUUAGCGGGACCUUGGUAGAGCUGUGAGAGGUGAAUACAGAAGGGACUAGCUGCAUUUAGCUCUGGUACAACUCGCCCUGACUUACAACCACAUUAGACAAAACCAGGUUUUGUCUAGUUCAUCCUGACAGACAACCAGAGAAUGUGUUCUGGCUCAUAUUCCCCAGAGCCAUGACAAGGCGCUUGGGGACUUCCAUAGCAAAUGCAGACUUUGUGUUGCUGAGAGCAGUGAAAGAAAGAUAAUAAUUCAGCCUUCAAAAGUAUACAGUGAAAUGCCUCUGAAUAUAUAGGGGUUUCAUAUGGGAUAUAUUUAGAAAAUUAAUCAGGUUUGAAUGUUUGCAGCUUUGCAUAGAAAUGCCCUUGGACGUGGAAAUUUCUAAUGAAAUAAGUAAUGACAAGUGGUAUGUAGGACUGAACCAAUUUCAGCUGAUUUGUACAACAGCACAGAAUUUUUACAUCAGCUCUAAAAGUUAAAAAUGUUUUGACUUCCACACUAGAUUUAUAGUUACAGAAACUGUCAGUCACGAAAUAGAAGGUAAGCUCAGCUCUUCAUUUUUUAAUGUUGGUGUAGGAUGUCUUCAUUGUCAGAAGUCAGAGAACAUAUUGCUACUAUAUUGUAACAGUACAACAAGGAAUGUCGUCUUCUAUGGAGAAGACCUAGACACAUUUGGGAAUCAAAAAUCAAGGAGAAAUAUGGCCACCUCUAAGAAAACCAGCUUCAUGAAAUUCAUCAAUACAUUGCAGAAUAUAAAAUUUUGGCUUACCCUAAACAUGAAAUACUGCAUUUAAACAUAUUCAAUAAAUGCAACCCUGUAUCUGUUCUUACAGAAUUACAUGUUGUAUGCAGGAUAGGUGCAACAACAUAUUUAUGCGUUAUUACAGGAAGGCUGAAGAAGUGUCCAUUUGUGAUUGCCCAAUUCCAUGUCACAAACUGAGCUUUUUAUUUUCAAUUUGCAAAUGCCUGUAUGCUGAAAAGCUGCACCUGUAGCACUUACCAUUUUAAGCCUCUCCUCCUGCUUUAAAUACUGCACUUAUUUUUAGUGAGGUGGUGGUGACUCAUCCCUAAACAUUCCCAUGUGCCACCAAAUCACUGCCUUCAUACCUGCUGCAGUCCAGGAGACUGCAACAAUCAGAAGUUGCUAAUCAAGCCUUAGGUUGUGUUAGUGAUUGCUGUGGGCAAGGUUCUUGCAUGUGUCAUUUGAGUACAGGAAGCAUCAGGAUUCGGUGUUCAAUAGAUUGCCACCUGCAUCUUGCCUGAAAUAGCAAGAUUUAUUCUGCUUGAAGAUUUAGCUCACCAAAACUGGUUUUAAAGCUGCUGAAGUCUUCUUUCAGCCCAUUUCCUUGCCCUGCCUUCCCUCCUCCAUCACACAUUAGAUUUUUACCUCAAGACCAAUUUUUCAAAAGAAUUGUAUUUUCUCAUUGUGCCUACCCUGUGGAAUAAAGUUAAAUCACAGGGUGUUAUAACUACUGAAGAUUUAGACUGAUCUUUCCAACACAUCAGCUUCAUACUAGGGUAAGCUUACUUAAAAGUAAGCAAGCUUACUUAAAACUAGCUUACGUAGUAGACUAGGUUUAGUUUAGUUUAAGUUUAGUUUAGUUUUCGACUAACUUAAAGAAAUACAGGCUUGGUCGCAGAGUUUUCAGAGUCUCCACAUUCUGAGUUGUCAGCUGAUUUUGAAAGAACACAGCUCACUUGUAGUCCUCUGCCUGUAAGCAGAAUGCAAGGAUGAUGCCACAUGAACUAGAAACAUGCUUACAUACAUUAAACAUUCAAAGAGGAGAGUCAAACCCCACCCCUUGUCCUUUUGUAAGCAUGCCCAACAGAUUCAAAUUUCUCAAGUCAGUCUUACCUAUAAACAACCCAGUCUUAAUCUUGCGGAAAACAAGUUACAAACAUCAGGAGCAAAACUAGUGGCAGGGCUCUUAUACAGGAACUGCUGAUGGGUCAUUGCCGGCAAAACCUAACUGCUCUGUGACAGUUCCCAUGUCUGGACUCCAAAUACCUUUGAGUGCUCUUAAAAAAGAAGCUGGAGUGAAAUCCUCAACAACUGAAUCCAGUGACAAAAUUCUUGGCCACCUCAGAGGUCUGGAUUUUCUGUUUUCUAAUGCUGGGAAUGAGCAACACACACAGUUACUUGUACCUGUGUCAUGGGUUCAAGUAGUUGCAUUUUAUUCAUAGUUUAAAACCACUGAUUGACAGGAACGGUAGUAACUGGAGACAUUCUAUAGACUCUCAAUACUUUGAGAAUUUAAUGAAAUAGUUUUCUAGAAUGAGAGACCGUUGUAAGCACUUGGGGGGGGCAGGGGGGGAAGACUCACUUUUGUCUCCCAUAAGAAUUUAUGGAAGAAAGGAAAUUUCCAUAAGGUUAUACAAACUUAUUCCUCAGUACGAGACUUGGAUUCAGUGAAAAGUCUCACAUUUUAUCAUAAUGUUUUUCAUCUGAAUAGAAACAGACUGGGAAGUAAACCUUUAAUGUCAAAAAACUGUUAUCUAUGUAUCUGAAUAUAUACAAUUCCAGUUUGUUAUUUCAUUUAUUUAUUGUUUCAUCACUAAGCUUUUAAUCUAUAAAAUUAAUGUGUAAUAUACAAGAGUAAAAUGUACAGAAGUACCUUUAGAUGUAAUAAUUUAAACCAUCUGUAUUCAGAAAGCAGCGAUAACAAGUUUAAAGAUAUACAAACAAUUGCAAUUCAAUUUUAAUUUCUCAAUAUCUAGAAAAAGAAGUGGCUUUGCUUAAUUAAACUUUAUUUUAAUGAUUGUGAAAAUAUCUUUUUUAGAGUUUUUGUUACUUCUUUAAAAUUAUUUUGUAAAUAUUGUUUUCUAUGUUUUAUACCUUAGAAAGACCAUUAAUUUGCAUUGACAGCAGCAGAUACUCAACACGAUGAGUAAAAAGGUACUUUAGGAGACUGAGGUGGAUGUGGUCAGUAGUCAGGUUCAUCCUUCCAGAUUACUGCUCCUGUUAAUUUCUGCAGUCUCACUGGCAUCAUAGGAAGAGUUUUCUGAGGCAAUUUAACUUCCUAAUUUUCAUAGAAUUGACUCUCAAGCUUCAUUCUGAAGUGCUUACCAUCUUCAUAACAUAUAAAGGAUGUGUGUUUUAAAGUUAAUGCUAGUUCUUCUUCCGUUAUUGGGAUAAGAAACAACACAAAAUUCAGAAAUAAAAGGGAAUUCAAAAGAUUACGCCCAAAUACAGUGUAAAGACAAGGAAAGGUGUGGUAUCUCUGUGCACCUAGGCAGCAGUGGAAGUGAUAAAACCUUGAUUUGGAUCAGAUCAUAGAGCUGUUUCUAGGCAAAACUGCCACUGAGGUCAGUGGUAGUUUCACCUGCAUAAAGUUCACUAUGAUCAUGUCCAUCAUGUGUUAAGCAGGAAUUUCUGGUAGACUAGAUUUCAGGGGAAAAUACCUAUAUGUGUAAUACUCGUUUCUGUACCAAUUUGUUCCAUGUAAAUCAGUGGGCACAAGUGACAUUUUGAACUAAACCCUUGUAGAUGCUGCUGCGACUUCUGAGCUUUAUUACCAAUGUAAAUUAUGUACAAACAGCUAUUUCCAUAUGAAAUGUACCAUGAUAGUUUAGAGCAAAGAUAGUGAAUAACUGUACAAAAUUUGAUACUUAGAAAAUAAAAUACAGUGGUCUAAGCUUUACCAAUAUUUUAACAAUACUGUCAGAUUUGUAGUAGAAAAUGUUGUUGUAAAUGUACCUUAUAAGAAAAUACAUUUCCUUUUGCCUCUGUAUAUUAAUAGCUUUGAUUUCUAUGUCAAAGCUCAAAAUGAAGCAUGUAAUAAAACUUUUGUUAAAAUCACUUUCAUAAUAAACGUAA